AUGGUAUUUUCGUGGCCCAGCCACGGAGUGCUGACCCGCUCAACUGGGGGAAGGCGGCGGAGGAGCUGUCGAGGAGCCAUCUGGACGCCGUCAAGCGGAUGGUGGAGGAGUACCGCAGGCCGGUGGUGGUCGGUGGAGCUCGACGAGUCCGCCCGCAGCCGCGUCAAGGAGAGCAGCGACUGGGUCAUGUACAGCAUGGCCAACGGCACCGACAGCUACGACGUCACCACCGGCUUCGGCGCCACCUCCCAUCGGAGGACCAAGGAGGGCGACGCUCUGCAGAGGGAGCUCAUUCGGUUCCUUAACGCAGGGGCAUUCGGCACCGGCAGCGAUGGUCACGUGCUGCCAGCGGCCACCACGCGCGCGGCGAUGCUUGUCCGCGUCAACACCCUGCUCCAAGGGUACUCCGGCAUCCGCUUUGAGAUUCUUGAGACAAUUGCCACGCUGCUCAAUGCCAACGUUACAUCAUGCCUGCUGCUCCGGGGCACCAUCGCCGCUAUCGGCGAUCUCGUUCCGCUCUCCUACAUCGCGGGACUUGUCACCGGCCGCCCCAAAUGCCGUGGCUAUGGCUCCCGAUGGUACCAAGGUUAA